AAAAGCAAUCCCAAAAACAGAGUCAACGAUGGGCGAGCAGGUGGUCAAGUGGCUUCAACGGUGACCUUUUUAAAGGAAACCCUAGAUUCUGAUUGAACCUUAGAAUAUCAGAUUUAUAGCAAUUACACUUAUCAUUUAGCAAAGAGCCACAAAAGAGGGUCUCAAGGGCGGCAAGGAUUCAUCGACUCCGACAUCGGAGUUGCAGCCCCCCAUCCACCCCCGUACCCCAAAUAUAUCUCACACAUCAUCCUCAUUCUCUAUUAUCCCACCAAUAAUAUAACCCAUCAAAAUCAAACCUUUACUCUUUAUUGUUUGUUUCUCCACAAGAAAAAUGGGUUCUUGCGAAAAGCUGUAAACCCCAUUUUCUAGUUUUUCAUUUUCUUGUGAUUCUUUGUUUUUUAUUGGGGUUUUAGGUUUUGUUUAGGGGGAGGGUGAUGGCUCAAAAUGGGCAAGGGAUAGAACCUGCAGUUCUUGAUGAUAUAAUCAACAGGCUUUUGGAGUUUAGGAAUGCAAGAACUGUUAGGCAGGUUCAGCUUUCAGAAGCUGAGAUUCGAUCCCUCUGUACUGCUUCUAAAGAAAUCUUCCUUCAGCAGCCCAAUCUUUUGGAACUUGAAGCCCCUAUCAAGAUCUGUGGUGACAUUCAUGGGCAGUACGGUGAUCUUCUGAGGCUUUUUGAAUAUGGUGGAUUUCCUCCCGAGGCUAAUUAUUUGUUUUUAGGGGACUAUGUUGACCGUGGCAAACAGAGUUUGGAAACUAUAUGCCUUCUACUUGCUUACAAAAUUAAAUACCCGGAGAACUUCUUUCUGUUAAGAGGGAAUCACGAAUGUGCUUCUAUUAACCGGAUAUAUGGAUUUUAUGAUGAAUGCAAGCGCCGAUUUAAUGUGAGGCUGUGGAAGACCUUCACUGAUUGUUUCAACUGUCUUCCUGUGGCAGCUCUCAUAGAUGAUAAAAUACUUUGCAUGCAUGGUGGUCUUUCUCCUGAUCUAACAGACUUAGAUGAGAUAAGGAAUUUACCUCGUCCAACAGAUAUUCCAGACUCCGGUUUGCUUUGCGAUUUACUUUGGUCAGAUCCUAGUAGGGAAGUUAAAGGUUGGGGUAUGAAUGACAGGGGUGUCUCAUACACCUUUGGUUCUGAUAAAGUGGCAGAAUUCUUGAUGCAACAUGAUAUGGACCUUGUUUGUCGUGCCCAUCAGGUUGUGGAGGACGGCUAUGAAUUUUUUGCUGAAAGGCAGCUAGUCACAAUAUUUUCUGCACCAAACUACUGUGGCGAAUUUGAUAAUGCUGGUGCUAUGAUGAGUGUGGAUGAAAAUUUGAUGUGCUCUUUUCAGAUUCUGAAGCCAACAGAUAGAAAACCUCGGUUCUUAUGAAGCAAAAGAUGAUAGCUUAUAUCUGUGCUCUCCAGGGAACCUAAGGGUUUUGUUAUGCAUGGUUUAGAAAGGGAGUCUUGGCGUAACUGGUAAAGUUGCUGCCAUGUGACCAGGAGGUCAUGGGUUCGAGCUGUGGAAACUGCAUCUUGCAGAAAUGCAGGGUAAGACUGUGUACAAUAGGCCCUUAUGGUCCAGCCCUUUUCCGGACCUCGAGCAUUGCGAGAGCUUAGUGCACCUGACUGCCUUUUGUCUUUUUUUGUUUGUUAUGCAUGGUUUAAUUAUGAAAAGAUUAGUUAUGUAAGGAUUUGUAAUGCACGGAUUUAGUAAUUUAUGGAUUGUAAUGUAGAGAUUAUAUUUCGUUAUAAUUAUGCAAUGUGUAAUUUAAAAUAAAUAUGAGGGGUUUUUGGUCAUUUGAUU